AUGGCCUGUUCUUCGUCCACAAUAGGAGUCUCAUCCGUAUACCAUUCUAACCCAUCCCUCGACCAACAUUCGAGGAAAUACAUCUCAAUUCUACCCUUAUCCCGCCAUUUCAGAGCAUUUUCUUCCUCCGCCGCCGCUGCGCAUUGUCGCAGCAGCAAGUCGAGCUCUUCGAAUUCAUUUGUUCCCUCAGCUGUGGUGACUCCUAAUUCUUCGGUUCUGAGCGAGAAAGCAUUCAAGGGACUCGGGGAGUUUGGAAAAAACAUACUCGAUGUUAGUGAGAGUGAAUAUGAAGAUUCUGAAGGUGAGGUCGGUGAGAGUGAAGCUGGCGUAGAUAAGGACGAACUCGAUAUUGCGAGACUUGGUUUGCCUCAACGGCUCGUGGAGUCGCUUCAGAAACGCGGGAUUAAUCAACUUUUCCCUAUUCAAAGAGCUGUGUUAGUGCCAGCAUUGGAAGGUCGUGAUAUAAUUGCUCGCGCAAAGACUGGGACUGGAAAAACAUUGGCAUUUGGCAUUCCAAUAAUUAAAGGACUCAGCAAAAGUGAACAAGAAAGAGGUUCUUUGAGGAGAGGAAGACUUCCCAAAGCGUUGGUCCUCGCACCUACCAGGGAGUUGGCUAAGCAAGUGGAGAAGGAAUUUCAAGAGUCUGCACCAUAUUUGAACACUGUUUGCAUCUAUGGAGGAGUUUCAUAUGUAACGCAGGAGAACACGCUUUCCCGUGGAGUUGAUAUUGUGGUUGGAACUCCUGGUAGAAUUAUUGACCUGAUCAACAAUAACAACCUGAAAUUAGGGGAAGUUCAAUUCUUGGUCCUUGAUGAAGCAGAUCAAAUGCUUGCUGUUGGAUUUGAAGAAGAUGUGGAGGUCAUUCUGCAAAAGCUUCCAUCUGAGAGGCAAAGCAUGCUUUUUUCAGCUACUAUGCCUGGCUGGGUGAAGAAACUAGCCAGGAAGUAUUUGGACAAUCCUAUGACCAUAGAUUUGGUUGGUGACCGAGAAGAAAAGUUGGCAGAAGGGAUUAAGUUGUAUGCCAUAUCAACCACUGCAACAUCUAAGCAGACUAUCCUCAGUGAUCUUGUGAUGGUUUAUGCAAAGGGUGGAAAGGCCAUUGUUUUCACACGUACUAAACGAGACGCAGAUGAGGUUUCAAUGACAUUAACAAAUUGCAUUGCUUCAGAGGCACUCCAUGGUGACAUAUCUCAACAUCAGAGGGAAAGAACUCUAAACGGUUUUAGGCAAGGAAAAUUCACAGUCCUUGUUGCCACUGAUGUUGCUGCUCGAGGGCUUGAUAUCCCCAAUGUUGAUCUAAUUAUCCACUACGAGCUCCCGAAUGACCCAGAAACAUUUGUGCAUCGUUCUGGUCGGACAGGACGUGCAGGAAAAGAAGGGACGGCUGUUUUGAUGUUUACAAGCAGCCAAAGGCGGACCAUCAAAUCUCUUGAGCGCGAUGUCGGGUGCAAGUUUGAAUUUAUUAGCCCACCAUCUGUUCAAGAGGUUUUGGAAUCAUCAGCUGAGCAAGUUGUGGCUACCCUCAGUGGGGUUCAUCCCAAGUCUGUGGAGUACUUCACCCCAACUGCACGAAAAUUGAUGGAACAAGAAGGAGUAAAUGCUCUUGCUGCUGCUUUAGCAACUUUGAGUGGUUUUUCCCAGCCCCCAUCAUGUCGUUCUCUUAUUAGUCAUGAACAGGGAUUAGUUACGUUACAAUUGACCCGUGAAACUGGUUAUUCUCGAGGAUUCCUAUCUGCUAGAUCUGUCACCGGUUUUCUCUCUGAUGUUUAUUCUGCUGCUGCUGAUGAAGUAGGGAAAAUACACAUUAUUGCAGAUGAUAAGCUCCAAGGAGCAGUUUUUGAUCUUCCAGAAGAGAUUGCAAAAGAGUUGCUGAAUAGGGAGCUACCACCUGGGAACACCAUUACUAAAAUAACCAAGUUGCCUGCUUUGCAAGACGACGGACCUCCAAGCGAUUACUAUGGCCGGUUUUCAAACAGUGAUAGAAGCUCACGAAGAGAUCCAAAAGACCGGAGGGGUGAUAGAUUUUCUCGGGAUAGGUUGGAUAGUGAUGAUGGCGAAAACUUCAGGCGAGGUAGUCGUGGCAGAAGUAGUGAAAGCAGUUGGUCUAGAAACUCUAGAAGCAGUAGCAGUGACUGGCUAAUUGGCGAUAGGCGAUCAGGGCGGUCCCCUUCCUUUAAAAGUAGCGACAGAAAUUUUGGGGGUGCGUGUUUCAACUGUGGACGGACUGGCCACAGGGCAUCGGAAUGCCCUAGCAAGAAAGGCUUUUAUUUGAUAUCAGAUUUGGAUAGGCCCUUCGUCCAUCUUCUCUCUAUCUCGACAGAGAUAAUGGCGGAAUUGAGCCUGGGUAUUCUCAUAGAUAUAGUGGAUGAAGAAUGGGCGAGAGACACUCUGCCUGAUGAUGAUCUUCCAUUACCGCCUGUACUGGCUUCUAGGACGGAUGACACUGAAGACUCGAAUCUGGAGACCCAACCAGUUGAGGUGGACACUUGGCAUGAUCUUGCACUGGGUAACCAGUGA